GGAGGGAGGGAGGGAGGCGGAAGGGGGGAAGAAGGAAAAACUAACAUGGAGCUUUUCCCGGCACAGCCUGACCUGUCGCUGCAAAUUAGUCCUCCUAGUAGCAAGCCCACGCCAAGCUGGAGCAGGACGAGUGAUGAGAAUCUUGACUUAGGGUUUUGCUGGAGAGAUAUAGAGUCCUCCGACAAAAGCGACACCGCGCCAUCGCUGGCCAAGGCUGACAACGCCGGCUUUGAGUUCUCCUUAGCCAACCAAAGUGCCUCGGAGACCCACGGCACCAACAGAGGCCACCACCACCACCACCACCUCCACUUCCAUCAGCACCACCCGGUGCUUCACCAAGGAUACCGCCAGGAUCUCGGUCUGCUAAUGCCGAUAAGGGGAAUUCCCCUGUACCACAACCCUCCUGCAGCCUUCCACUUCCUCGAGAACCAACAGCGGCAGCAGCAGCAGCAGCAACACCACCACCAGCCACAUUCAUGUGACUCGGCGGCGCAGGGAUCGUCGAGGUCGACCUCGAGAUUCUUGCCGCGCUUCCCUGCGAAGCGAAGCAUGAGAGCCCCAAGAAUGCGGUGGACGACCACGCUCCACGCCCGCUUCGUCCAUGCGGUGGAGCUACUGGGAGGCCAUGAAAGGGCAACACCCAAGUCAGUCCUUGAGCUCAUGGACGUCAAAGAUCUCACCUUGGCUCAUGUGAAAUCUCACCUACAGAUGUAUCGGACCGUGAAGACGACCGAUAGACAAGCAGCUUCCUCUGGUAUCGCAGGGCAAAAUGAACCUAUAGAGAUUUCUGAUGACAACUUGCCUGAGAUCCAGGGAACAGAAGCUUCCGGUCAACGAGCGAGGUCUACUGAAGAUACGGGCACAGAUGAUUAUGGCUUAUGGAGCAAUUCUUCCAGGGGAGGCUGCUUCCUCGAUAGACCGAGCGAUUCCACCGCGUGGAGCGUAAAUUCUUUCGAGGACAUGCAAUCAAAAGGAUCCGAGAUGGUGCCCGACGUGAACUCGUCAAGCUUCUCGGAGAGGAACACGGAAAAGCCCAAUCUUGAGUUUACCUUGGGAAGGCCACAUUGCAUCUAGAGUCGUCAUCCGGCAAGACAUGGUAUGACCAGAUGUGAUCACAUGAAAUCAGGUACCACCCAUGAGACCAAGAUCAUAUCAAAGGAAAGAGAGAAAGACAAGGAGACCAUUGAGGCAGAAAAGCAAGGAAAAGGGGACAUUAGUGUGUGUGGGGCGAGUAAGAGCUUUUCAAAGCUGAAAGAGCUUGUCCAAAGGCCAUGCUCCACUUGGAUAUCAUAUGGGUCUACUGAUACAAGCUGUUAAGACUGAGAAGAAGAAGACGAGUCUCUCUUUUCUCUUAGAACUGUCAUAAAAGCAAGAAAGGAUUGGGUUACUUCA